UCCCUCGGACACAGCGGAUCACCGAUCAACGGAAAGAGCCAAAGACGUCAGCUCGGUCAUGUGAUCAGCUGUGUCCAAUCACAGCUGAUUGCAUGGGACAUGUACACUGAUCAUCAGGGCACUGAUGAUCAGUGUGCCCUGAUGAUCAGUGUAGCCCCAGCAGUGCGAGCUGUCAGUGCUCAUCAAUGCCACAUAUCAGUGUCUACCAGUGCACAUCAAUGCCACAUCAGUGCCCAUCUGAGCUGCCUUUCAGUGUCAGUCAGUGCCACCUAUCAAUGCCGGUAAGUGCCACCUAUCAGUGCUGCCUGUCAGUGCCUCCUAACAGUGCCAGCCAGUGCCACCUAACAGUGCCAGUCAGUGCCACCUAUCAGUGC